AUCGGUUGAGCAUUCGAGCUGUAUCGAUCAAUGCGUAAGCCUAUAUAAGCCAUGCGCCUCAUGUUCGAUUCAUAAUUCAUUCAUCCAUCCAUCGAUCUGCCACUUCACAGUUCACACCAGCAGCAGUCAGCUAAUAAUUCAGACAUGGCAGCUACGAGAGCACUCGUCCUGGGCGUCCUGCUGGCGAUCGCCGUCGCCAAUGCCGAGGCAACGUCCGUCGUCGUCGGCCUGGCCAAGUGCGCCGACUGCACAAGGAAGAACAUCAAGGCCGAGGAAACCUUCAAGGGUCUCCAGGUGGCGAUCAAGUGCAAGAACAUCGAUGGCCAGUACGAGAGCAAAGCGGUGGGUGCCCUGGAUGGCACCGGCGCCUUCAGCGUGCCCCUGGCCACUGACCUCCACGGCGCCGACUGUGUCGCUCAGCUCCACAGCGCCGCCUCCAACACGCCGUGCCCCGGCCAGGAACCAUCCAAGAUCGUGCCUGUUUCCGAGGGCACCACCUUUGGCAUCGUCGCCGGCGACAAGACCGCCACGCCGUCUGCAGCGUCGCCGGAGUGCGCGUCCAUGACCCUGUGCGGGCCCAUCAAGAAACACAUCAUGGAGCACUUCCACCACAAGAAGCCCGUGCCACCGAAGCCGGAGCCCAAGCCCCAGCCCCACCCUGACUACGGCCCCGUGCCCAAGCCUGAGCCCAAGCCGCAGCCUCACCCGGACUACCACCCUGUCCCUCCCACGCCCACCUACGGUGGCGGCGGUGGAUACCACGGACACCACUGAGUCCGGUCUAGAGCACUGAAAUCUCAUCACCGGGUUCGUGGUCAGUGACUCAGUGAUCGACGUUCGUAUUUAUGAUCGGUUUGCAUGCGUGGGAGUAUUGUUUGGUGUUCUGCCAUUCACUUUCCCGUUUUAGUAUCUGCACUACAGAGUUAAGAGUUCAGAAUAACAGUUGUGACAAACACAUGGUUCAGUGUGUAUUGCCUUUUAAGAUUUGUAAUUUUGGUGUGUGUUUUGUUUUGUAUAAGAAGUUAUUGUGGAUGCAGUAAUUUAAUCAAGUCCAUUUGAGUCGAUGGAAUUACUUCA